AUGAGCCGGCUCUGCCUCUCCAUCGCCCUUCUCGUCCUCCUGGGCACCCUGGUGGCCGGCACCCCGGGGGGUGAAACCAGCAGCCAGGCCCAGGGUUCUCGGCCUGCCUUCUGCCUGGAGCCUCAGUACACGGGUCCCUGCAGGGCCCGGAAGAUCAGGUACUUCUACGACUCCAAGUCCGGGCACUGCGACAUCUUUAUAUACGGUGGCUGCUUUGCAAAGAAGAACAACUUCCCAACAGCAGAGGACUGCGUGAAGACCUGCGGUGGUUUUGCGGGGAUCCGGGGGUAA